UCGAUGAGUAACGUGUACGGCAAAUGGUAUCUUAUCGGAAGUUGUUAUCAGGGAGGGCCGAGACUUGAUAGAAAGUCGAUUUCGUUUUCCAACUCGCAACAGUUCGGUGUCAAAUUUUCUAAAAAAAACAUCAUGAACUUUCAGAUUGUAUUUGUGAUAUUGUUGUCGAAUUGGGUAUUCGGUGAUUCGAAUACACCGUCGAACGUCACGGCGCCAACGAUACAGGGGAAUAUGUGCGAAGUUUGUUCUUGCAAAGAUGAGAAAAUUGAUUGCGCCAGCAAGGGACUGGAGGGCCACUUCGACGAUAAUCAUUGGCCGAAGGGAUCAUUCGUCGAGGUAUCGUUCGCCAACAAUUCGAUCGUACACUUGAAGGCAUUCCCCGAGAUCGUCGUCAACGUUCUGAUACUUCGUCAUAACAGGAUAACAACCAUAGACGAUUCGGCGUUCCACAAUUUGAGAAAUUUAACUCUCCUCGAUUUGAGUCACAAUCAACUCACCACGCCGAAUCUCGGUCCCCACGUUUUUCAGGGUCGAUUUUCACCCGUCGAUUAUCUACCCCUCGCCAAAUUGAUCGAUCUGAAUUUGGACGACAACGCACUCCACAGUUUGCACCAAGAUCUCUUCGAGCACGUUGGAAAUCUGAAGAUUUUAACGCUCGUCGGUAACCCGUUUCACGUUAUAGACACGUCGACGGUGCUCGCAAUCAGUUCUCUAGCGGAACUCGAGGAACUCGAUCUCAGUUAUUGCGACCUGGCCGAUCUACCCGAGCACAUAUUCCACACCCCCAAGUACUUGAAAAGAGUCAAUUUGACCGGUAACCGAUUCACCUCGCCUCCGUUAGCCCUGGAGGACGGCAAGGCUAUUGAAAUCGUGUCACUGAGCGAAAAUCCCAUGAAAUUUUUAAACGACAACGCCUUCCCUAUAAUGCUGAAAUUGAAGGUACUAAACUUGUGCAACAUGCCGAAUUUGACGAGAAUCAGCGCUUACGCUAUGGCCGGAUUGACCAGCCUCGAAACUUUGCGCGUCGAAGGAUGUCCGAAACUCGAAGAUUUCGACGAAAAUGCUCUGGUGGCACCGGGCGAAGUCACCGUCGAGUGGCCACCUCUGAAAAAUCUCUACCUGGGGGACAACGCCUUGCAUUAUCUACCCGCAGGGCUUGUCGGGAGAUGGGACAAACUGGCCGUUCUCGAUAUCCGCAACAAUCGUUGGAGCUGCGACUGUAACAACCAAUACUUGGUCGAAUCGCUGCUUCCCGGACUCGGAAAAACUCUGAUGGGCGACGCCGUGAACGCCCUGACUUGUUCGGCGCCACCCGAACACAAGGGUAAAAAUCUGACCUCCCUGUCUAAACGCCAUCUCCGAUGUCUCGACUUGAACAACGCGAGGCCGGAGAAAGACGCCACCGUACUGGUCGGCGUUCUUAUCGGAGUUCUUCUCGCCGUUCCCUUGACUCUACUCAUAUUCGUACUAUGGCGGAGAGGAUUCUUCUUUCUGGGACCUCAGGGUCCGGGAACGUUCUCCCGCGCUUUCUACAAACGGGCGGACCGCGGCGAUGACUUUUAGAUUUUUUAUACGCAUACAGCAAAUACGCGGAUGUAUGUGUUUGUUUGUUUUUUUUUCCUUUUUUUUUUUUUUUUUUUAUUUGUUAUUCAAUCGUCGAAAACCAACUCUAAUCGCAGAUCGAUUAUCAAUCGGACGUGUGUAUGCAGAUGUGUAUAUAUAUUAUAUAUACGUAACCGAUAUGUGAAAUUUAGCCCGAUUAAUUUCGGCGCCGUUUGCGAAAAUUCGAUUAAAAAAUUGAGAAAAUAUAGUAUGAUACGCACGCGGCGAUCAGGUUACUCAACGGAAAAUAUUUAUGAUCAACUGAUUCGAACGACCGAUGCAUCUGUACUUUUGAAUUUGUAAAAAAAUUUCGAACAAUGUACACGGCACGUCGCAUAUAUUAUAUAAUCGAAUCUAUAAGAAAUCACAACAAUUUUAUGAUAUAUUUCUGUUUUUUGUAAAUAAAUCCAUCGAAAUGCAAAUGAAAA